AAAUCAGCUGUUACAAUUUCCUUUUGUGUUUUGGUUGUAUAAAAGUUAAGUUUGUGAUUAUGCUCAUAACUUUGAAAGUUUUUGCACAGCCAAGAUUAUUAAAUGGCAUUUCCAAGAAAAACUAUCUUAGAUACAGUGUUCUAGAAGCCACAAACGCAAGAUGUUUUAGUUCAACGAAUUACAGACGGGCAACAAACACAAAUGCCGCCGAGCAAAAUCGUUUGGAAAUAAAUGGUUCCUCUUUUGUGGCCGACAAUUGGACAAAUGUUACGCCAAAAAUCUUGUCCUACCUGGGUAUGAAUAAACACUUACAAAGCAAUCAUCCUCUGUCGAUUUUAAGGCAACGUAUUGUCAACUACUUUUACAAGACUUACAAAACAUCGCGGGGAAAUCCUUUGUUUUCUGUCUACGAUAAAUUGAAUCCUGUGGUAACGGUUCAACAGAAUUUUGACAAUUUGCUAAUACCGUUGGAUCAUGUAAGUCGGAACAAGUCCGACUGUUAUUACAUCAAUCAACACUAUUUGCUGAGAGCCCACACAACAGCUCACCAAGUGGAUUUAAUCUCAAGUGGUUUGGACAAUUUCCUUGUGGUUGGUGAGGUAUAUAGACGAGACGAAAUUGAUAGUACCCACUAUCCGGUAUUUCAUCAACUCGAUGCAGUGCGUUUAGUGACGAAGGAUAAACUGUUUGCAAGGAACCCCGAUUUGGAGAUAUUCGAACAGGACUGGCGUGAAAGCCAAGGCAAUAAGUCACAGGUCAUUCAUUCUUCAUCGAAGUGUUUGGAUCAAUCUAAACAACCAUGUCACACAUUGGAAGCUGUAAAACUAGUGGAACAUGAGCUGAAAAAUGUUCUUUUGGGUUUGGCAAAAGACCUAUUUGGCCCAAAGAUACAAUACAGAUGGGUUGAUACAUAUUUCCCGUUUACUCAACCCAGUUGGGAAUUGGAAAUUUUCUACAAAGACAAUUGGUUGGAAGUUUUGGGUUGCGGUGUUAUGAGGCAUGAAAUUCUGCAACAGUCAGGAGCCAACAACUCCAUUGGUUAUGCUUUUGGUUUAGGUUUGGAACGCUUGGCCAUGGUUUUGUUUGACAUACCCGAUAUACGUCUAUUUUGGUCAAACGAUACAGGAUUUUUGUCGCAAUUCAGCGAAAAGGAUUUAUAUAAAUUGGCAAAAUAUAAACCUGUAUCCAUAUAUCCCCAAUGUACAAAUGACUUGUCGUUCUGGUUGCCCUCUGGAGUAGAUGUGAAUGCAGGUUUUGUAGCCAAUGAUUUUUACGACUUGGUUCGUUCGCAAGCCGGUGAUGUGGUUGAACAGAUCAGCUUGGUUGAUAAAUUUAAACAUCCCAAAAAGGGGCUAACCAGUGUCUGCUUCCGAAUUGUUUAUCGUCAUAUGGAACGUACCUUGACACAGGCCGAAGUCAAUGAUAUUCACAAACGCAUAGCUGAUGCUUGUGUAAGAAACUUUAAUGUAGAAAUACGUUAAUAAUUAGCUACUUUUUCACCAGUUAUAAAUAGUUGUAGACAAAAAAAUUAAUAUCUGUUGUUAAUUAAAGUUUUACCAAAUGUGCUGUAUGAAACGACAA